AAGAGAAAUCCAAGAAAAUGGGAGGACUUCCAUGGCAGCUCCCACUUCUUCUAUCACUACUACUAACCCUUUCCUCUUUACCUUCUUCGUCUUCAUCAUUUGAUUCUGAAAUCUUCCAACAAUGUCUUCAAAACAAUUCUCACCCUUCUCAUCCAAUCUCCCAAGCAAUCUACACUCCCCAAAACCCAUCUUACUCCUCCAUUUUAAAAGCUUACAUUCGAAAUCUCCGAUUCACAACUCCGGCAACACCAAAACCAGUUGUCAUCAUCACCGCCAUGCACGAAUCCCAUGUUCAAUCCGCCGUUCUCUGCGGGAAAAAACACAGUCUGCAACUGAAAAUCAGAAGCGGCGGCCAUGACUAUGAAGGCACAUCGUAUGUAUCUUCUUCCCCAUUCUUUCUCCUCGACAUGUUUAAUCUUCGAUCGGUUGACAUAGAUUUGGAAAAGGAAACGGCUUGGGUUGGUGCAGGAGCUACACUAGGAGAGUUGUUUUAUAGAAUUGCAGAGAAAAGUAGAAUCCAUGGAUUCCCUGCUGGUGUCUGUCCGACAGUGGGUGUUGGUGGGCAUUUCGUGGGAGCUGGGUAUGGAAAUAUGAUGAGAAAAUAUGGAUUGUCAGUUGAUAAUAUUAUUGAUGCAAGAUUGGUGGACGUUAGUGGAAGAAUUCUUGAUAGAAAAUCAAUGGGUGAAGAUCUUUUUUGGGCUAUCAGAGGAGGAGGAGCAAGCUUUGGUGUUCUUCUUAGUUUCAAAGUUAAACUUGUUCAAGUUCCAGAAACAGUUACUGUAUUUCGUGUAGAAAAAACUUUAGAUCAAAAUGCAACAGAAAUUGUUUAUCAAUGGCAACAUAUUGCUCAUAAAGUUGAAAGAGAUCUGUUUAUCAGACUGGUUUUAGAUGUUGUUAAAAGGGAUGAAGAGAAAACAGUAAGAGCUUCUUUUACUGCUCUGUUUCUCGGUGACUGCAAAAGACUGGUUUCCACCAUGGAUGAGAGCUUUCCUCAACUGGGUUUUACAGAAUCAGACUGUGUAGAAACCAGUUGGGUCAAAUCGAUUCCGUUCUGGGCCAAUAUCUCCAUGGACAAACCUGUUGAGGUUUUACUAGAAAGAGCUCCUGAAAGGGUAUUCUCCCUCAAGAGAAAAUCUGACUAUGUAAAAGAGCCAAUCCCAAAAGAUGGGCUUGAGUUUAUCUGGAAGAAGAUGAUAGAGCUUGAAGCUCCAUCAAUGGCGUUUAAUCCUUACGGAGGGAGAAUGGCAGAGAUUCCAGAAACAGAAACCCCAUUUCCUCAUAGAUCAGGAAAUCUAUGGAAGAUUCAGUAUUUAGCAAACUGGAAUGAAGUAGACAUUGAAACUUCGGGUAAGUACAUAGAGUUGAUGAGAAAGCUUUAUAGUUAUAUGACUCCAUUUGUGUCUAAGAAUCCAAGACAAGCUUUUUAUAGUUACAAGGAUCUGGAUUUGGGAUCUGCAGAUUGGAAGAGGAAGGAUUGUUGGGGAGGAAGAGGAGAUGAUUAUGGGAUUAGGUACUUCAUGGGAAAUUUUGAGAGACUGGUUAAGAUUAAGAGCAAGGUCGAUGGAGAUAAUUUCUUUAGACAUGAACAGUCCAUUCCUACUCUUUCAAUGAGUAGAGGAUGCUGUGAAGUAGGAGAUAAUAGCUAUGCUGACGUCAUCAAUGGUUGGUCGAAGAAAGAACCUUAG